AUAACAUAUCCUUAAAUUAAACCUCAUCUUUAUUACAACAACAACAACAACAAAAAACCUUAAUAGCUGCAACAAUGGCAGCUACAAUGGCUGGUGUUACUCUUUCAAGCCCUAGAGUACUUUUCAAAGGACCAGAGUCACUUCAAAAGUCUCACGCCAUCAGGUUCGGACCGGUUUUCAUGCUAAGCCAAAGGAGAACCGGUUCGGUCAGUUCGGGCAGGAUACUAACCAUCCGACCCGUACGGGCAGCACCGGAUAGCAUAUCUGAGAAAGUGGAAGAGAGCAUAAAGAACGCGGAGGAGGCUUGUUCUGGAGACGCCACUAGCGGCGAGUGCGUUGCCGCGUGGGAUGAGGUGGAGGAACUGAGCGCGGCGGCGAGCCACGCGAGGGACAAGAAGAAGGAAUCGGACCCACUUGAUGAAUACUGCAAAGACAACCCGGAGAGUGAUGAAUGUCGCACUUAUGAUAAUUGAUGAUACUAUUAAUAUUCUCUCUUUUAUUGUACUUUGUAUUAAUUAAUUUUUAUUUAAGCAAGAUUCUAUAAUUCAUACCAUCUUUACCACUAAAUUUUAGUCAUUAUUCUAGCUUCUUCCUAUUAUUACCUUUGACCUGUUUAUGGUUAUAGCUGUUCUACCAAGGAAGGGGUUUAGUGUGUUUAGCUAUACAAGUUAGUUAAAUGUUUCGCUAAAAAAAAGUUAGUUACAUGUU